CUCGGGAGCUGUUGUGUUUGGCUUCAAGUUCCCAUAACGACAGCUCAGUCAAUAUACAAUUCUUGUUUAAGACAAUCGGAAUCAAACAUGCAAGUUUACUUUAAAUCAAAAUGCCAUUAUUUCCGAUGGUUCUUGCGAUCUUCAACAUGAUGACUGUCACAUUUUCAAAAUAUGAAGAAGGGGAGAUUAAAACUAACGAGAAAUGGGUGUUUGUAGCAAGAUUUUGCUUCCUUUCAGAAGAUGGCCAAUUCGAGUACAGUAUAACAUACGAUAAGGCAUACUCUCCACAGAAUUUAUUAUUGUACUAUGACAGCGAUCACCAGUGGCCUGCAGUUUAUAAAUCAAAUAAGACAUGCGAGCAGCGGGAAGCAGUCUUGAACAGGCGGUUGAACCAAAUAAUAACACUGACGGAUUCCGACUUUGGUUCAGGAUGCACCGAAGUAUUUUUAAAUUCCAGCAAGAAAGCUGUCAUACAGUGCCAUCAAGGAAGGCGAUUCCACAGCUCAAGAGAGAGAUGGUGGUUUCUUGCCAUCAGCAACUGCAAUUCUACAAAAGGAUUGAGCAUAAAAUACAGAUUUUUAAUGACAAACGGACCUCCUGGAGAUUAUUGGCAUGAACAUUUCUCUGCUGAUGAAUUUUAUAUUUUACCAGUAUUAAUGUCAUACUGCAUUGUCUACAUGCUUCUAGUAUUGGCAGUCAUUAUGUGUGCAAUGGAAUUAAAAACAAGGCAACUGUACCAUUCCACUUACAAACUCUUCGCUGUGUCUGUCUAUCUCCAAGAACUCGGAAUUUUUAUUCAAAGUAUCGCUUAUGUACGUUAUGCAGUAGAUGGUGUCGGAGUUCCGAGAUUGACUACAAUAGGAAGGAUGUGUGAGUCAGCGAGCGAAGUCAUUUUUUUAUUAUUACUUCUCUUGAUGGCGAAAGGGUACACAAUAACAAGAGGAAGAAUCAGACUAAGCUCCUCUGUAAAGCUCACAAUUUUUAUGUGCUUAUACGUAAUCAUGUAUGUGACUCUUUUUAUUUAUGAAAAAUUGUUUUUCGAUCCAGGUGAAGUUUUAUACUUAUAUGAAUCGCCAGCUGGAUAUGGUUUAGUGAUUUUACGCAUACUGGCCUGGACUUUGUUUAUAUAUGCAACAGUAUUUACGUUAAAACAUUAUCCAGAAAAAUCAGCAUUUUAUUAUCCUUUUAAUCUAAUAGGAACGAUGUGGUUUGUAGCCGGUCCCGCAUUCAUUUUGGCAGCAAAUACACUUAUAGACAAAUGGGUUAGAGAAAGUGUCGUAUGUGCUGUUCAGCAUUUCAUCGCUUUAGCAGGACACAUACUGUUCUUGGUGCUAACGGUUCCUAACAAAGCCAACAAGAAUUUCCCUUACCACGUACGAACCACACAAAUCGGUAUUAUGGAAGUUACCAACGGGAUAAGUGGUAACAAUACCCUUGACCACUUUGGACAUCAUCCGUACGCUCCAGGCGGGCCAACGUUCCCUCCAACGUGGCCGAGGGUACCAGUUGAGCUUUUUACUAUAAGUAGUCCUCAACCAGGAGAUAGGUUAUCAGCCAUCGAGAGGCGUUUUAAAAUACGACCGCCUUUGGCCGAAACUCCUUACACUCCUGAAAAUAUAGUAAUUAGACCGGAGGAGAUAGCUACUACCUCGACCAAUAGGAUCGCUAUUCAGCAGCCUAGAGAUUCAAUAUAUGCGCCCAACUAGCGAAUAGUUGACAUGCCACAGUGCAUGAUAGAUUUAAAUUUUAUAUAAAAUAUUGUAAAUUACAUAAAUUGCCAUCAAUAUUCCAAAACAUAUAGCAAAAAGAAAUCUUGAAAAAUAAAAGCAUAAACAGACCAACUUAUCAUUAAAUAAAAAGUUGGUCAAGUGGCUUUAUUUUAGCUCUUAUUAUGUUACGUUAUAGUGUAUAUGUUAAAUUAUCAAUUGUCCAAUGUAGCUGAUUGAUGGCAUAUUUAAAUUAAUAAAAAAUAAUUAUAAUAAAUUUUAAUGUUUUUAUAAUUUAAAAUUUAAUUUGCUGUUUGACCUGCAUUGUUUUGCAGCAUAUUCCAUGGUGCCUUAUGGUGUGGUGCUCAUUAUUAUAUUAAACUAAUUUAAAUAUGUAUAUUAUACACCAAUUAUAAUACUAUAAUAAUAGACUUAUAUGUUUGUAGUACAUUAUCCUUUUUGAUAUUAAAGAAAUAAUAAUUUAUA